CAACAGCAGCAGCAGCAGCAACAAUACCAACAGAAACAACAGCAGAAACCGAUAAAGGAAUAACAAGAAAAGCAACAAAAGAAAGCCAUCGUUUAGGCCAAACUUAUGGAUACGGUAAUGGAUGGAUGCAAAUCCAGAUGCAAGUCUUCCUACUACUGACACUCUUCGUGAUUGGUAAUCAAAGUGCCUGGCAGGAGAAUAUACGACCAAAACUCUAUGUGGAAUUAGGUCCUGAAGAUAUACUAAAAUUUCUGGGCAACGAAAGUGUCGUGGAUCACUUCAAGCUCGUCACCAAGGAUGGCAAUAGCCUGCUCAUCGGUGCUAGAAAUACCGUAUUUAAUUUAAGCAUACACGAUCUCGCAGAGCAGCAACGUCUGAUCUGGACAUCGCCAGAGGAUGAUACCAAGAUGUGUCUCGUCAAGGGCAAGGAUGAGGAGGCCUGCCAAAACUACAUACGAAUAAUGGUUGUUCCAUCUCCAGGCCGGCUAUUCGUCUGCGGCACUAACUCCUUCCGGCCCAUGUGCAACACGUACAUCAUCAAUGACAGCAACUACACCCUGGAAGCGACCAAGAAUGGGCAGGCUGUGUGUCCCUACGAUCCGCGUCAUAAUUCCACCUCGGUCCUCGCUGACAACGAAUUAUAUUCGGGAACAGUGGCCGACUUCAGCGGCAGUGAUCCGAUUAUCUAUCGUGAGCCCUUGCAGACGGAACAAUAUGAUAGCCUCAGUCUCAAUGCGCCAAAUUUUGUGAGCUCAUUUACACAAGGAGAUUUUGUCUAUUUCUUCUUUCGGGAGACAGCGGUGGAAUUUAUCAAUUGCGGCAAGGCGAUUUACUCACGCGUUGCCCGCGUCUGCAAAUGGGACAAGGGUGGCCCGCAUCGAUUCCGCAACCGUUGGACCUCGUUUCUCAAGUCGCGCCUGAACUGCUCCAUCCCUGGCGAUUAUCCCUUCUACUUUAAUGAGAUACAAUCGGCCAGCAAUCUGGUUGAGGGACAAUACGGAUCAAUGAGCUCCAAAUUGAUUUAUGGCGUUUUCAACACGCCAACAAAUUCAAUUCCCGGCUCAGCGGUUUGUGCCUUUGCCCUGCAGGACAUAGCCGACACCUUUGAGGGACAGUUCAAGGAACAGAGCGGCAUCAGCUCCAACUGGCUCCCAGUGAAUAAUGCCAAGGUGCCUGAUCCGCGUCCUGGUGCCUGUCACAAUGAUUCACGAACACUUCCGGAUCCCACAUUAAAUUUCAUCAAAACACAUUCACUAAUGGACGAGAAUGUUCCGGCAUUUUUCGGUCAACCGAUUUUGGUGCGGACGAGCACAAUUUAUCGUUUCACGCAAAUUGCUGUGGACUCACAGAUUAAAACACCUGGAGGAAAGACGUACGAUGUGAUUUUUGUUGGCACAGAUCAUGGCAAGAUAAUCAAAUCGGUGAAUGCCGAGUCUGCCGAUUCUGCUGAAAAGGUUACCUCGGUGGUAAUCGAAGAGAUUGAUGUACUAACCAAGAGUGAACCCAUCCGCAAUCUGGAAAUAGUUCGUACCAUGCAGUAUGAUCAACCCAAAGAUGGUAGCUAUGAUGAUGGUAAAUUAAUCAUUGUGACAGAUAGUCAAGUGAUAGCCAUACAAUUGCAUCGUUGUCACAAUGACAAAAUCACCAGCUGCAGCGAAUGCGUCGCAUUGCAGGAUCCGUAUUGUGCCUGGGACAAAAUUGCUGGCAAGUGUCGCUCCCAUGGCGCCCCACGUUGGCUGGAGGAGAACUAUUUCUAUCAGAAUGUGGCCACGGGUCAGCAUGCGGCCUGUCCCUCAGGCAAAAUCAAUUCGAAGGAUGCCAAUGUGGGCGAACAAAAAGGUUUCCGCAACGACAUGGACUUAUUGGAUUCGCGUCGUCAGAGCAAGGAUCAGGAAAUCAUUGACAAUAUUGAUAAAAACUUUGAAGGUCCACAAAUUUCUGCAGAUAUUAUCAAUGCCCAGUACACGGUGGAAACUCUGGUGAUGGCCGUCCUGGCCGGUUCGAUAUUCUCGCUCCUUGUGGGCUUCUUUACAGGCUAUUUCUGCGGUCGCCGUUGCCAUAAGGACGAGGACGACAAUCUGCCCUAUCCCGAUACGGAAUACGAAUACUUUGAGCAACGUCAAAAUGUGAAUAGCUUCCCGUCGUCGUGCCGCAUCCAGCAGGAACCGAAGCUACUGCCCCAGGUGGAGGAAGUCACAUAUGCCGAACCCGUACUUUUGCCCCAGCCACCGCCACAGAACAAGAUGCAUUCGCCCAAGAAUACUCUGCGGAAACCACCGGCCAUGCACCAAAUGCAUCAGGGACCCAAUUCGGAAACCCUCUUCCAAUUCCAGCCCGAUGGCUACAACACCCAGCAAACCUACCGUGGACGCGACAACUUUGGCACCUUGCGCUCCCACCAGGUGAUGGGCGACAACUAUCGACGCGGUGAUGGCUUUUCGACCACACGCAGCGUCAAGAAGGCUGUAAACAACACAAACACACGUAACAGAAGUCUUGGUCGCGCAAGAAGACAGCCGCCCCGUCAUGGUAUCGUAACUCAACAUCGUUCGAAUAGCCCUCAACAACAACCGCAACAGCAGCAGCAGCCGCACUCCAGCUCCGGCUCAUCGCCAGUGAUGUCGAACAGCAGUUCCAGUCCAGCGCCCCCAUCCAGCAGCCCCAGCCCGCAGGAGAGCCCCAAGAACUGCAGUUACAUUUACCGUGAUUGAUUGAUAUGUAACACCAAAUCGAUGCCACUCAUUCAGGCGAUGACCACACCCACACCCACACCGACACCAACGCCCACGCUUACAGCCGCAACCAUGCCCGCAACGCCCGCCCAGAUCACAGCGCAGCAACAUCACGCGAAGCAGUAUGCCAAAUCCAUGCCUGUUACGCCAAUUCAACUGCAAUCUCCCAUGGAAGAGACACCCUCGUACGAGAUCUACGGGCAUCAGCCAUCCAGAAUCUUCCAGUCCGAUGCCUCAUUCCACUUUGACGACGAUGACGAUCCGGGUAGGGGGGAUUAUACCGACGACGAGGACGAUGCGAACCUCGAGGACACCUCAUCCCUAGCCAUGAUAACGCCACCGCCCCCCUACGAUACUCCACAUCUCGCUAAAGCCAAGAACUCAGCCUGCUCGACAGCUGGUAAUGCUGCCGCCUCAGUUCCGCCUUUGCCUCCGCCGCGCAAGUUCCGCUUUGGCAAUCGCGAGUUCUUUAGCAUGAGUCCUGCUGCCGCCACCACGCCCACAUCCAGAUAUGGCAGUGCCAUAACGCCUACGAAACUGAGUGCUGCAGCGGCUGCCAUGUUUGCGGCGCCUCAAAUGGCCCAACUCAAUCGCAAGUGGGCCCACCUCCAACGCAAGCGACGGAGGCGCAACAGCAGCUCGGGCGACUCCAAGGAACUGGACAAGCUAGUCCUGCAGUCCGUCGAUUGGGAUGAGAAUGAAAUGUACUAGUUCGGAGGGGGAGAGGGAUAGAAACACUUGUACUUUCUGUAAAUUGAAUUAGCCUGCGAUACAUGUAAUUAUCAUUUUCCUUUUUUAUGAAUUUUAGAUGCAACUUUACAAGAAAGUCACAGCAAAUGAAAUGUAACUAGGAGGGAAAGGGCAAGGAUUACAAUUGAAAUCGAAUCCAACUUAAUUCAUAAACGUUAACUAAGUAUGUAUAUCUAGAUGCAGUUGUCUCUUAACGAUAGAUCUCAGUUGGUAAUAUGGACAGGGUUUGAAUUGAUUUGGCAUGUUUGGGUUCAUUAUCUUUUUUAUAUACUAUAAUCCGCAGUACAUAAGAGAAAGCCAGGAUAUUAGACACACAGAAAUGGGAAUAGUUUUUGCAUUUGUGAACUCAAUACAACAACAAACUGAAAAA